UUGAAUCCAAAAGCUGCCCAAAGGCUGUUCACUUUGCCGAGAGGGAAGCCAAGAGCUGGAGAAAGCAGAGAAGAAAGAGGGAUCUCUUCACUAAGCCGAGUUGACUUCACCCAACAAGAGCCAGGGCAGGUUAUUAGCGGCCUGAGAAGCCUCAAGCGAGCGCCAGUUCGGUUCGAGUCUUCAUCGAUCGGGCGGAUCUAUAUGCUUCGGAGGGAUUUGACUGACGGAAGCGUCCUGGUUAUUGGGUCAGCCGAAAUGCGAUCGAUCGGCUCAACCGGAUCAAGGACUGACGUCGAACCGAGCAAAGGCAGCAGCAAAAUUGGAAAACGCAUCGCGCCACACGCGCAGCCUCGGCAGACACACAACUUACACAGCACAGGCAGCAUACAAGCAAGGUUUUUUCUCUUUUGCUGCGAACUCUUCUCCAUUGGGCAAGAAAGUACUGGUUUGACCUUGGGGGAGGUUACGAUUUCACAUCAUGCAUGGGGGCUUAUAUGCUUACGGGAUUUUGCGUCGAGCAGAUCUCAAAGCCAGGAGUUCGGUACAGCCCUUACUCGAACUAGUAGGACUAAUUCCCGGGAUGGGAAGUGGCAUGAGGGGAUUCCAAAAGAAGCGGAUCUGAUCCAGACAUAUGGAUCUCUAUUUCUCGACAAAAAAGAAAACUACGCUUAUCUGUUUUCCUUCAAAUCUCAAAAAAAAAAAAAGGCCCAAAUCUUGAGAAUUCCUCUUCCUAAAACGGCAAACAACAGCGGUCCACCUCCUAAUUCUUCUUGCUUCAAGCAAUUUAGGUUAGUUCCGGAAUUCGGCCCUGUCGUGGACGAAAAAUCUACUACCCGCUCGCCGCUUACCUCGUCGGCGCCCCCAGUUCGCCGUCCGCCACAACUGGGCCUACCGUCAUCACUGUCGGCCACUUUCGGCUUUACUCGUAGCCUUCUCCUCCACCUUCGCCCAAUUGCCCGAGGCCCGGACCAACGGCUACUCUGUUCGGAGUAUUGUUGA